AAAUCUGUCGGAAAUAAUCUCUUUCCCAGUUUAUCACUCUCUCUCUCUCUUGUGGAUCUUCUUCAUCUUCUUGUUUCUUCAGCCUCCACCGACUGUCUAAUCCGUCUGUUCUCGCUCAUUACCAUAUAAAUCCAGCUUUCCUAUUCAUAUUUACGAUCGUAACCCCCUUCAAUUACUGCUACUUUUAAUGAAACUUUCCAUUUUUCAGUUGCUGAAAAAAUAAAUGAAUAUUACUUCUCGAUAAGGAAGAAGAAAGAUAUUUCUUUUUCGUUCUCUCUCGGUUUUGUGUAUCGCCGGUUCAACUCGAGCGGCUCAGAAUGCUGGACCGGUGCUUGGGAACUCGCCGAGUCCGUCAGAUCCAGAGGGCGGUGCGUCACGGAAUGGUGACAUUUAUGUGUCUCUUCCUUACCGUCGUUGUUUUGCGAGGCACCAUCGGAGCUGGUAAAUUCGGUACCCCAGAGCAGGACUACAAUGAGAUCCGAGAGCGAUUCUCAUCUCGCGGCCGGCGCGUGGAGCCCCACCGAGUGCUUGAGGAGGCCCAGCCCGAACCCGAUUCGAACCAGUCCAACAAUUACGCCACGUUUGACAUCUCCAAGAUAUUGGUCGACGAAGGCGGAGACGAAGAAAAGCGCGAUCCUAAUAAGCCGUACAGUCUCGGCCCGAAAAUUUCGGAUUGGGACGAGCAGCGAGCUGAGUGGCUUAGAAAGAACCCGAAUUUCCCGAAUUUUAUCGGACCCAAUAAGCCCCGGGUCCUACUUGUUACUGGGUCGUCGCCCAAACCGUGUGAAAAUCCGGUCGGCGAUCAUUACCUCUUGAAGUCGAUCAAGAACAAAAUCGACUACUGUAGGCUUCAUGGGAUUGAGAUUUUCUACAAUAUGGCACUACUCGACGCUGAAAUGGCUGGGUUUUGGGCUAAGCUGCCAUUGAUUCGGAAGCUCUUGUUGUCUCAUCCAGAGGUCGAGUUCUUAUGGUGGAUGGAUAGUGACGCUAUGUUCACCGACAUGGCGUUUGAAGUUCCAUGGGAAAGGUAUAAGGAUCACAACUUUGUGAUGCACGGUUGGAAUGAAAUGGUGUACGAUCAGAAAAACUGGAUUGGAUUGAACACUGGAAGCUUUCUUCUGAGGAACACCCAAUGGGCAUUGGAUAUUCUUGAUGCCUGGGCUCCAAUGGGUCCGAAAGGGAAAGUCAGAGACGAAGCAGGGAAGGUACUAACCAGAGAGCUUAAAGAUAGACCGGUUUUCGAAGCCGAUGAUCAAUCUGCUAUGGUUUAUCUGCUGGCUACGCAGAGAGAGUUGUGGGGUGAAAAAGUUUAUUUGGAAAGUGCUUAUUAUUUGCACGGUUAUUGGGGAAUUCUGGUGGAUCGGUAUGAGGAAAUGAUUGAGAAUUAUCAUCCAGGUCUUGGUGACCAUAGAUGGCCUUUGGUGACGCAUUUUGUGGGUUGUAAACCUUGUGGGAAAUUUGGUGAUUACCCAGUUGAGAGAUGCCUGAAGCAGAUGGAUAGGGCUUAUAAUUUUGGUGACAAUCAGAUUUUGCAGAUUUAUGGAUUUACCCACAAAUCGCUUGGUAGUCGUAGAGUUAAGAGAGUUAGGAACGAGACCAGCAAUCCUCUUGAAGUUAAAGAUGAGCUUGGUUUGCUUCAUCCAGCAUUCAAAGCCGUCAAAACAUCAUCAUAGCCCUUUUGUUGGUUAGUUUGAAAUUUGGAUAUUUAAGAUUUUCAAGCAUAUAUUGGUUUUAAUUUUUUUUUCAUUUUUUUGGGAAGUUGAUGAUACGUGUUAUUUGUUGCUGGUAAUACUUCUCUGGCUGUUGUAUCAUGUUUUGUGUUAUUACUAGUAAUUUAAACUCAAAAUUGUAUUGA